UUAGUGUACGUGUGGUUCUCCCUGUGCGUGCUGUGUGCGCGCGCGCACGCACACACACACACGCACACACACCCUCAGCAGUAGCACCCUUGCAUGCCCGGCUUCUCCCCACCGAGGGCGGCUGCAGCGGAGGCGGACUCCAUCGGUGUCACGAAGCCGGAUUUCCCCAACGCUUUCCCGGCUAAGAGAGGGUGGUGAUAGUGGUGGUGGGCCGGACAGUACUGGGGAUUGGGUCAGUGGAAGAUUUUUUUACAUUAUUUACUGUACCCUCCUCCCCCCUUUUUGCUCAAGUGCCUUCCUUGCUGGGCUGACUGGACCGGACUGGACUCUCGAAGGUGGCUCAAGGAGACAUCAGUGUGAGCGCACCUGUUGGCCGUCUAUGUAUCCCGCUGACUGAUCAUCUCCUGCAUUUCCAUCCAAACGGUCCUGUUUCUUGCUAUCAUUCAGUUUUCUCCAGAGUUGGUGCAUUCUGAUGGAUCAGUAUGUCCACCACUAAUAAUAUCGCCCAGGCCAGGAAACUGGUGGAACAGCUGAGGAUCGAGGCGGGUAUUGAACGGAUUAAGGUAUCCAAAGCAGCCGCCGACCUGAUGAGUUACUGUGAGCAGCACGCUCGUAGCGACCCUCUGCUGGUCGGCGUUCCCACCUCCGAAAACCCUUUUAAGGACAAGAAGCCCUGCAUCAUCCUAUAGCUGCUCUCCACCGUCUCUCUCUCUCCCUCUCUCUCUCUCUCUCUCUCACACACACACACACACACACACACUUAUAUAUACAUAUAUAGAUAGAUACACACACAUAUGGCCAUUAAAUCCCAAACCAACACACACACAGUCCCAAAAUAGCCUCUCUGGAAAAGCGCCAUAACCUGCAGCCGGAGUGAGGAAUGUGGAGGUGUUGGUCUUUUUUUUUGUCCUCACAGUGGCUGAGAUCCGUGUGAGCUAAGGUGCUUUGGUGUAAUAUUCACAUAAUGCUGGUAAACUAUCUAACAAGUGUCAUCUUAACUGGAGGAGCAGCAUGGGGCGGGGGGUUUGGGGGCAAGUGGAGGGACAACAGGAAGUCCACGGAGAGGAUCUUUUACUGCUUCCAAAAUUGAACAGAUGAACAGAGCUUUGCACUCUGUGGGCGUGUUCCCACCCAAAGCCUCCCACCACAACACUGCGGUCAUCUCUCGAUGCUCACAGUGAUGUAUCCUUUUCUGGACUUUUAUGUGCCAUUUUGGUAUUCCGUUGAUGCGCUAAUGUCGUCUCGGGCUGAGCAUACACUGUAAGAUUUCAUAAGUGCGCCAGCAGCCGACUUUGGGUUGCGUAAUGUUCCACUCAGCUUCAAACGGUUGUCAAUACAUAUCGGUCAACCAAGAAGCUAAUUUAUUUUGCCCUCCUUUCCUGGCAUCCUCACCUUUUACUUGUUUUUCUGCCUGUGCAAGAUGAGAAUUUCCCAUAUUUUCCCAGAACAUAUCUUUUCUUUUACAAUGCAAAUGUUGACAUUUGUGUGUCAAUGGCGAGAGUUUCGCACCGACUGCUUGUAGCACAAUUGACAUUUUAAAGCGCAUGUAGAGGUGGACAAAGCUGAUGAUACUUCAAAGGCAUAGACCUUGUGGAGUUAAUAAUAAACAACGUAAGGAGGUUGCCUACCUAGGAGACUGUAGAGGUGUUCAUAGGAGCAUUUAUGUACAUUCCUACAGUGUAUGUCCAUCUUUAAAUGAGCAAAGUUGUUUGUAGAGCCAUGCUGGGAGGUUUUUACUGCCGACCAGCACUUUCAUUUUGGAAGAAAGUUGUAACAAAGUAAACAAAAGAAGCCACCUUCUCCUGGGGAAGAAAUAUACAACCCCACUUCCUGCUUGUAGGUUGUCCCUAACGAGAACCAGCAUUCCUUUGAAUACAGAAACAUUUGAAUAGGAGCUGAUCUCCUCCGCUCUGAACAAAAAAGCUGAUUGUAAAAAGUGGAGAUGGAAAUAGAAGAGGAAGACCGAAAGAUGAUUUCAAAACAAAAAAGAGGUGAAGGUGUGUGUACAAACUUUCUUUCCUCCGCUGUGUGCAGAUGUGAUAAGUUGAAGAGUAGCUGUUUUGGCUUGAUUUCUUCUUCUUUUUAAAUGAAACCUGCUCACUUGAGUAUUCAUGAAUUACCCUGUAUAGUGUUUGGAAGAUACACAAUCUCAAACGCAGAAAUGCCAGAUGUGGAUUUUUUUUUCUCUACUCUGUCAGUCAGAGUUCGGCCUAUCUGUUUGUCAUUGACUUUCCCACAGCGGCGUCUCAACUUUUUACUGACCUCAUUCUGUCUUUUUUUUUUCUUCUCAAAUGUCUGUUUGUGACUACCAGGACAACACACGCACAUGCAAACAUAGUUGGAACAGCUUUGUAGGUCAGAGCAAUGAUUGCCUAGAGGUCAACAUUGUUGGGAAGCCUAGCGUCGGGAGGUGCAGGCAUGCGGCAGUCGCUUGCUGGAAACGAUGAUUAUUUGGGGGUUUUCGGACAGGAGUGAAGAUGACCCGACGAUCGGUUUUACACAGACUGUUGAGGAGCUGCAAUUUGGCCAACAAACUGAUCAAUAGCAUAGUGAUCUAGUGGUUUAUAUUGUCGCCUCACAAUAAGAAGGGCCUGGCCUGCUGGAAUUUGCAUCUUCUCGCUGUGCUUGUCUCCUCCCACAGUCCAUAAGCCUGUAGGUUAAGUUCACAUGUAAGUUGCACUUGAAAGUGUCUUCAGAGUCUACAAAACAUGUCAUCUAAUGGCCUCCACUCCCUUAGACAGCAUUGUCUUAAACCAAUUGCCUCCAAAGGGCAGCCUGGGCCAGAAAUGGCCCCUUUUAUUUGCCCGCGACACAUUCUACAAAUGAAAAAUUCCAAAAUUGGAAAAAUCAUCAGUAAUUUUACCAGACAAAAGACAAAAUAUUAUGAGAAAAUUUGUAGUCUAAUGAGAAAGGUGUAUUUUUACAACAAUAAUAUCAUAAUAUGUUUUUUUUAAGUCGUAAUAUUAUGAAAAACAACCAAACAAAUUUGGGCGGAAAUUAGGUUAAGCAAAAAAAAACAUUUUGACAGUAAAAAUACAGCAAAAAUGUCAAAAUCAUCAGCAAUCAAACAAGAAUAAAGUCCAAAUAUAAUGACAAAGGGGUGUGUUUUUACAACAAUAAUAAAAAUAAUGCCAUUUUAGCAGCAUAUAGUUGAACUACUGCAUUAAGAUAUUAUUUUGGUGCUAUUAUGACACACAAACAUGACACAAAAAGUUGUCAUUUUUGUCAAAUUAGGUUGGAGGAAAUUGAAUUUAAAUUAAAGUCAUAAUGUUAUGAGAGGGAAUUUUACGAGAUGGUUCUACAACGGUCAAUGACAUUAGUGGCGGCCCCCUUGGGUUGUGGUCAAAAAUGCUAAAUGACUUAUGGGUCAAGUUGGUAGGACGUUUUGCUUACUGGAAGCCACGCUUUUAAACUUUUUACACACAUAUGCUUGUCAGCGUCCUAGUGGUGUGUACCAGAUUUGGUGGUGAUUCACUGAAACACAUUAACGUUGCAGUGGGUGUUGUGUAGAGCUGUGUGAGGAAUUUCAAAUUUCAAAAAGUCAAAUCGACUUAAUAAUAGCGCCGCCAUGUGUCGUAUUUGUCAGUUAAAUAAUAGCACAGGCAACACAGUCGGGGUGCAUUUUUUGGCACAUUUUCAGCCCUUUGCGUACACCGUUUCAGAAAGAGUUAGCAUCCACAAAGAAAUGCAUAUAGUGCAUACACACACACACACACGUGUUGUCCUGAAGCAGUCCGACAUUUUUAAGAUUUUUUUUUCUUCCAAUCAGAGAAAGACACCCAUUGUCUGAGCUCUCUGAUUGGUUCAUCGUGAAUCUGCCUUCUCGUGCUGGGUGUUUGUCGUCGUAUGUCCUUCCACUCAACAGAGCGACCAAACAGCGGAGACUAAAACAAAGCAUUUCACACUUUUCAUAUCAGCCACGCCAUUUGCUGGGAAGCGCCGCCUUGAGAUUCAUCUUAUUUUUGUGUUUGGAUCUCCUUUUAUUAUGACAUUCUGUGUUUUUCCUUUUUGCCUUGAUGACGGAAAAUCUCUCUAUUUUUCGGUAACUGUCUUCUGAUGUGCCAUAACUCUUGUUUUUCUUGCACACUGUUAAUAUUUUGUGGAUAUCGCUGUUAAAGAAAAAAAAGAUAUUGAGAAGUAGAUAACAUUAAUAAAAAGAUGAUAUAACGAC